AUGGAAUCAACCCAGCAGGUCACCGCGCCAGCUGCUGAACUGUUGGAUCUCAAAAAUCCAGCAUUGCUAGUGACAUCAGGAUUGAUCAAUGGUCAAGAAAUAAAGGGGGCUGAAGGCAAGACAUUCCCUGUGAUAGAGCCAUCAAGUGCAACAGUGCUUGCCCAUUGUGCAGACCUGUCAAAGGAACAUAUCAUAGCGGCCAUCGAGGCCGCCGAUAAAGGAUAUGUCACGUACUAUGAGACUACCACCGCAAGGGAACGAGGGCUAUUCUUGAAAAAGUUCUACCACCUAAUGCUUGACAAUGCAGACGACUUGGCCAGAAUCCUUUCCCUAGAGAACGGGAAGACAAUCGCCGAGGCAGGAGGAGAAAUCAACUAUGCUGCCUCGUUCGUUUCCUGGUUUGCCGAAGAAGCGACUCGCGCAUACGGAGACACCAUCCCUUCAUCUUACGCGUACACAGAGGUUUUCACCUUGAAAGAACCGGUGGGAGUGUGUGGUAUUAUCACUCCUUGGAAUUUCCCUGCUGCCAUGAUUACUCGAAAGAUCGCCCCCGCCCUGGCUGCAGGUUGUUCAGUGGUUAUCAAACCUCCUCGAGAGACUCCUUUCAGCGCACUUGCCUUGGGCAAACUGGCUAUAGCUGCGGGUAUUCCAGCUGACUGCAUCCACAUUGUUCCCACGAGCGACCGGCAAGCAGCCUCGGAGUUAGCGGCAAAUGCCAAAGUCAAGAAACUCAGCUUCACUGGCUCGACUGGGGUUGGUAAAACACUGACGACGCUAGCCGCUCAAACAAUGAAACGGGUCAGCAUGGAACUCGGAGGCAAUGCUCCGUUCAUUGUAUUUGAAGAUGCGAAUCUGGACCAAGCAGUUGCGGGAGUAAUGGUCUGCAAAUUUCGUUCGUCGGGCCAGACUUGCGUGUGCGCAAACCGCAUCCUUGUCCACGAAAAUGUACAGGAAGCGUUUAUCGCAAAGCUUAUCCAGAAGGUUCGAACCCUCAAGCUUGGAAGAGGUAUAGACAUCGACACUACACAAGGACCCUUAGUCAACGCCGCCGCUGUCAAGAAAGUCGCGGAGCAUGUUCAGGAUGCAAUUGCCAAAGGGGCAAUUUUGCACACUGGGGGCAAGUCACCAAGUAACUUGUCGGGAUUCUUUUAUGAGCCGACGGUCAUCAGUGGCGUAACGCCUGACAUGACUGUCGCUUAUGAGGAGACUUUUGGGCCGCUAGCGGCUAUCUUCAGCUUCAAAAGUGAACAGGAGGCAGUGGACUUGGCCAAUGCUACUGAAUUCGGUCUAGCUGGAUACUUCUUUAGUGAGAAUGUUGGGCGUGUUAUGAGAGUGGCGCGCCGACUUGAGUGUGGUAUGGUUGGCGUGAACACAGGACUUAUCAGCGCUGCAGAGUCGCCUUUCGGCGGCAUCAAAGAGAGUGGAUUGGGGAGAGAAGGCAGCAAGUAUGGCUUGCAAGAGUACCAGAACAUUAAGAGUGUCACUCUUGGCAAUUUGCAGGCUUGA